UACAACCUGUAAGAGGUGUUGGAGAUAGUAAGGUACUUAAGACCAUAUAAUGGUCGCCACCUGCUCGAUCAGAAAUGACAUGGCAGGCAACCGACCGUCGGAUUGAGAUUACGUGUGUUCGGUUUACUCCUGGAAAAUUGAUCGGAUAAGUAGGUCAGAUCCCAUCCUUUCUACCACUUCUCAAAACGCAGGAGUUUAUUUUUCACAGUUUAGGUGGAUCCUGUCAUCCUAUCCACAUUCGUGUAAGGAAGGGUGAGGUCUGUGUAUCGUGCAGACCCAUUAAUGUGCGCAAGGCUUUUUGUGUUUUUGAUUAAGGCACUUCUUCUCUUAGAAUCAAGGUAGCAGCUAUUCAUUUUGGAGCAUACAACGACAAUGGCCUUUGCAGUGUUUGGUGCACCCUCUAAUACUUUGGCAGUGAAAAGCACAAGUUAUGACAGCCAAAUUUUGCCACAUACAGGAUUUUUCUGUCAGCCAUCUACAUUGUGUUCUAAGAGUAAACUAACUAGGCAAAGACAGAUAAUAAGAGCAGUUGCUGAGAAAAUUACAGUGAGAACAGGAACAGGAAAAAGUAUUGAGGAGUGCGAGGCUGCUGUUAUAUCUGGAAAUCCACCUGCUGCACCACCUGUUCCAGCCAAACCCCAAGCUCCACAAGGAACUCCACGUGUGUCACCUCUUCCACUAAGUAGACGCCUUCGUCGCAACCGUAAGUCAGUUACUUUGAGAACUGCCUUCCAGGAAACAUCUUUAUCUCCGGCAAAUUUUAUCCUUCCUCUUUUCAUUCAUGAAGGUGAAGAGGAUACCCCAAUAGGAGCAAUGCCAGGUUGUUCCAGACUUGGUUGGAGACAUGGACUUAUUGAAGAGGUAUAUAAGGCCCGUGAUGUUGGUGUCAACAGUGUUGUCCUCUUUCCCAAGAUUCCUGAUGCUCUAAAGUCAGCCACAGGGGAUGAAGCCUGCAAUGAGAAUGGACUUGUGCCACGUGCAAUACGCCUUCUCAAGGACAAGUAUCCUGAUCUUGUAAUUUACACAGAUGUUGCAUUGGAUCCAUACUCAUCUGAUGGGCAUGAUGGAAUUGUUAGAGAAGAUGGAGUGAUUAUGAAUGAUGAGACAGUCCAUCAGCUAUGCAGGCAGGCUGUUGUCCAGGCUCAGGCAGGAGCUGAUGUUGUAAGUCCAAGUGAUAUGAUGGAUGGGCGUGUUGGAGCCAUUCGAGCUGCGUUAGAUGGAGAAGGAUUUCAAGAUGUGUCCAUUCUUUCAUAUACAGCAAAAUAUGCAAGUGCAUUUUAUGGUCCUUUCAGAGAAGCUCUUGAUUCUAAUCCUCGAUUUGGAGACAAAAAUACAUACCAGAUGAAUCCAGCAAACUACCGAGAAGCACUACUUGAAACCUAUACUGAUGAAGAAGAAGGAGCAGAUAUGCUUAUGGUCAAGCCAGCUAUGCCAUAUUUGGAUGUGAUUAGGCUUCUUCGAGAUAACUCAUCAUUACCCAUAGCUGCAUACCAGGUUUCAGGAGAAUAUUCAAUGAUUAGAGCUGCAGCUAGUUUUGGAAUGCUCGAUGAGAAGAAGGCCAUGUUAGAAUCACUUCUUUGUAUUAAACGUGCUGGUGCAGAUGUAAUUCUCACAUAUUUUGCUUUGCAGGCAGCAAGAUACUUGUGUGCAGACAGGAAGUGAAUGACUUGCUUUACUUUUUGAUACAUUAUAGCAAAUAUCGUUGAGAGUGUAAUGGCCAUUUUAUCAGGGCAUGUGAUUUGACUUCCAAUUUUCAGAUGCUGUGAUUUUUUGCUUA